AUGUUGUCAGUCCCAGAAUCUAUUGGUCAGCUAAGGCAUCUAGGGUAUCUUGCUUUUAUGACCAGAUAUGGUUCAGACAGCAGGCUGGUUUUACCAGGCACUUUGACCAAGCUUUACCACAUGCAGGUUCUAGAUUUUGGUAACAUUAGCGAUUUGGUGUUUGACUCGUGUGAAGAUAUGUUUAGUCUCAUCAACUUGCGACAUAUAAUCCGAGUGCCGUUUCGGGAAAUUCGAAGCAUUGGCAGGCUGACAUUACUUCGAACGCUGGAAACAUUUGAAGUAAGAGAGGAACAAGGGUGCGAGUUAAAGCAACUCAGCGACCUAAACCAGCUUUGUGGCAAACUGACUAUCUUGGGCCUCCAAAAUGUUGAAAGCCAGCAGGAAGCUCUUGAAGCCAACCUAGCCGAUAAAGAAGGGCUCAGAACAUUGGAACUGUGGUGGAAUUAUGAUGAGAGAGCAGAGUUAAAAGAAAAGGAAGUUCAGACAGAGGUACUAGAGGGUCUAUGCCCACCGAAGCUUCUCGAAUCACUGACCAUAUACUGCUACGAUGGUUUGAGAUACCCAAGUUGGAUGAUGGGUAGGCACAAUGGUGGCCCAAAGUAUCUGAGCACACUCAGCCUGCACUGUUGCAGCACAGAACUUGGCCCAGAACUUGGUGGGUUUUGCCCUCACCUCCGUUCACUCUAUAUCUUCGGUUGCAGCUGGGACACCUUGCCAGAUAAAAUGGAGCACCUGACGUCACUGAAGGUCCUGGGCCUCGAUCGCUGCCGGAAUAUUCGGUCGCUUCCAACGCUGCCGCAGUCUCUUGAGUGCUUCAGACUCAGUCGCUCCAAUGAGAUGUUGACGAGUUCGUGCAGAACAGUUAGAGAUCCCAAUUGGGAAAAGCUUCAGCACGUUCCUGAAGUAUAUGUUGAAGGGCUACCGGCUGGAAACGAGGGCCUGAUAUACUUCACCAUCAGAGCCUGA